AUGUUCAAGACCGUCGCGCUGGCCAUGCUGGCUGUCGCUGGGCCCCAGGGCGGCGGAGCCUCGGGCUUUUGGUACCCGAUGAUGGACCAUGCUGGAGCACCACGGGGUUAUGCACCGAACCUCGAGGAUGCUGGAAAAUACAACGUAUAUGUCAAUGUUAAAUCUGGCGAUGGCGCAGGAAUCCAGGACGCAAUCACCUCUGCGCCCGGCGGCCAGCGCAACAAGCAAUGGCUGGCUUCUCAACCUCGGGUCGUAUACAUCCCUCCUGGGACUUAUGAAAUUAGCAAGACUCUUUUCAUGGAAACCGACACUGUUCUCAUGGGAGACGCCACUGAUCCUCCCGUUAUCAAAGCCGCAAAAGGCUUCAGUGACGGAGUUUUGGUCAACGGUCAGGAUCCCUCUACCAAAGAAAAAGGCGAAAACUCCUUCGCCAUCAGCCUGAAGAAUCUAAUUCUGGACACCACGGCUGUUGACGGAGGCAGAAACUUCACGGCACUUUACUGGGGAGUCGCACAAGUCUCCCAGCUUCAGAAUGUCAAAAUUCAGAUGCCCAGCCCAAACAAUGGCCAGGGUCACAGUGGCAUUAGACUCGGACGAGGCUCUACGCUUGGACUUGCUGAUGUCCGGAUUGAAAACGGCCAGAAUGGCAUCUGGCACGACAGUCAUCAGCAAGCACUAUACAAGAACAUUCACUUCUACCAAAACGAAGUUGGUAUGCUCAUCUCUGGCGGCAAAACAAUCAGCCUGCUGGCACCAGUCUUUGAGGGUGUCAAGUCCGGCAUCCUGAACACUGGCGGCAGCCCAUUUAUCGGCAUCGUUGACGGCAAAUCGACGGGUUCCGGCAUCACUUUAUCGUCCUCUGUCCACCCAUCCAUCCUCAUCCAAAAUCUCGAGACCGACAACAAGUCUGACAUUGUGAAACUUCCCGAAGGCACUGAGCUUACAGCUGCCAAACACAUCGACAAUUUCUCAUACGGCAACACAGUCGGCCGCGAUCCCGUCUAUGGAGCGACCGCUGGCGCAGAGAAGCUAUCUGGUGCCGCAACUCCUGGCGGCCGCAUUCCUUCCAUCACGGUGCCUAAUUUCGCGAGCAACGCAGUUACAGAUUUCGUCAAUGUCAAGGACUCGAAGCAGAAUGGCGGCCAUACUGUCAAAGGCGAUGGGACGGUUGACGAAGCGGAUGUCCUCAACAAAGUCCUCGAAUACGCGGCUUCCAAAAAGAAGAUUGCCUAUUUCCCGUACGGCGAGUACCGUGUUGAGUCUACUCUUGUAAUUCCCAUCGGCUCUCAAGUUGUCGGCGAGGCUUGGUCUACCAUCUCUGGCGGCGGCAAAUUCUUCAAGGACGCCUCUGACCCGAAGCCGAUUGUGCAGGUCGGCAAGAAGGGCGACGUUGGUGUUGCGCAAAUUCAAGACAUGCGCUUCACUGUCUCUGAGGUGCUUCCUGGCGCUAUCAUUGUCCAGUUCCAGGCUGCUGGAUCCUCCCCCGGCGAUGUUGCGCUCUUCAACUCGCUAAUCACUGUUGGUGGCACCAGAGGAGCACCCGGACUCACAGACUCUUGCAAAGACGCGAGCAACCCAUGCCAAGGUGCAUACUUGGGCCUCCACUUUACGAAGUCUUCGUCGGCAUAUGUCGAGAACGUAUGGAAUUGGGUGGCUGACCACAUAACCGAGGACUUUGACGGAGGCUCCAGCAUCUCAGGCAAAGGCGGCGCACUUGUCGAAUCGACCAAGGGUACUUGGCUGCACGCGCUUGGCAGCGAACAUUGGUGGCUCUACCAACUCAACCUGCGAUCCGCCGAGAAUGUCGUCGUGACCCUGUUGCAGAGCGAGACCAACUAUGAACAGGGUGACAACGCCAGGAUGCUUGCGCCGGCGCCUUGGAAGCCCGACACGGACGGCUGGGGCGACCCCGACUUUUCGUGGUGCAAGCGCGAUGAUGCCCGAUGCCGCAUGGGCCUGGCCAACUUUAUCCAGGGUGGCUCCGACAUUACUUACUAUGGCUCCGCGUCGUGGGCGUUUUUUAGCGGCCCUGGGUACCAAGACUGUGCCGGCCCCUUCCAGUGCCAAAAGGUCCAGCACUGGAUCGAGAAGACACCCAAGAACCUGCAGCUGUACGGCAUGUGCACCAAGGAUACUACCACGGCACUCCGUCUAGGCGACGGCAAAACGAUUGGCGCCGAGGGAAAAUUUGAGGGCGGCUGGAGUCCCGGCGCAGACGUUGGUCGCUACACGAGCUAA